AUGGCCUCCCAUUCCCAUAACAAGCGUUAUUGUAGUGCUCAUACCAGGCAGUUUGUUAGCAAAUCUUCACACAUUGACAGAUCUGUGUCUGCUGAUGAUAGUGAACUCAAUGUUGAAUCAUUGAUUGAGAACUUGGAGGAUGUGAUAAUGGAGGAAUUGUCUGUGCCAUGUGUGGCCAGGUCUCCUGCAUCCCCCCCUGUCCCCUCUGUUUCUUCCUCCGCCACUCCUUCUCAAUCUCCUACACCUGCCCCUGUGUCUGGUUCUCCCGCUCCCGCUACCCCUGUUCCCGUGAUCCUUACUUCUGCUACUCCUGGUUUUGCCACCUCUGCUUUUGUUAUCAGCUCUCCUCAUUUCAAGGAGAUGUUGUGUAGGCUUAAUAAACCAUGUCUCUCAAGAAUCACCCCUCUUCUCAACAGUAUCAAGAUUGUAAAGAAAAUCAUUAUGGGUUUUGCUGUGCAUGAAGUCAUGGUGUUCACAGACAUCAAGGAACUUUUCAUGACUGUAAAGUUCAACAUUGCUGAGACAUUCACUCUGAUGAAUUUCUUUGAGAUGAUAGAUCUGUAUCAGCCUAUUCUCUGGCAUCUGUCAUCCAACUUUGUGAUGCAGGCAAAAGAUAUUCAUGUUUUUGAGAAUGAGAAUGCAGAUGUUGUACUCUUUUACACCUGCGGGUGUGAGACUUGUACACCUUGUCUGGGAUGUUGUUGUGAGAAUGAGCUGUUCACAUGCUGUGUUCUGCUUCCUGCAUUCCCCUGUGUUCCUCUCUCUCUUCCUGAGAAGCCUUGUGUGUGUUUUGCUCCGGCGCCAGAGGCCAUUUUAAUCAAAGAUGACAACAUCACUGAGACUACUCUCUUCUGCCCUCAAGCUCCUUCUGUCACUUCCUCUCCCUUCUCUGUGGAGAAGGUUGUGUGCACACUGGGUCAUAAGUGUUUGACCCUGAGUGGCUCUCACUGUCAUUCAUCUGAUUCUGCGCCUCCUCCUUCUGUUUCUUCCGCCUCCACUCCCCCUGCCCUGGCUCCUGGUUCUACAGGUCUCAUGCUCUCCUUCAAUUUCUCUACACAUACAUGGGUUGAGAUGGCUUGGUCUCACGCAUCUGCAGAUGUUUCAGAUAGUUCAUCCUCUGUGGUCUCUGUGAUUGAACUGAUGUAA